AUGGCGCUUACUCUGGGAGUACUGGCGCUCGCUGCUCUUGGGCCGCAGUCCGUAACUGCGGGGGUUGUUGGUCGCCGCUCCGUACUGUCAGUCAGCGAUUCGGACUGGGAUGCCUUCAAUGCGAGCGUUUCGGGGCGGUUGCAAGUCGGCGUGCCGAUGCUUGCGCCCUGCUACACGAACUACAACGGACAGCAACAGGACGUUGAUCCCGAAAUGUGCGACACCCUGCAACAGAACCGCGCUGACCAUCUGUUCGUGACGGACCAGUUUGGCGGCUAUCAGGAAUCGAAUUGGGGCGGGUGCCAGAGGACCGGGGAUAACUGUGCGAUGAUGCUUACGGUGCCGGAUACCGUGACCCCUUUGUCGAGGCCCUGCAUGCAGGGGAGUGUUCCGACGAGAUAUGUUGACGCGCAGAGUGUGGAGGAUGUGCAGAAGACGCUGCAGUUUGCCGGCAAUAACAACUUGCGGCUGGUUGUGAAGAAUACUGGGCAUGACUAUACUGGGAGAAGCUCGGCUCCCGACUCACUUGCGCUUUGGACACAUAACAUGCAACCCCCUAUCAACCUCAUCAAAGCAUUCGUUCCUGAUCAAUGCUCUGAUGCAGCCGGAGAUGUGAUCACCGUCGGUGCCGGUCAGCAGUUCGGCGGGGUAUACGAUUGGGCGCAUGCCAAUGGGUAUCGGGUCGUGGGUGGCACAUAUGCGGGUGUUGGAAUGGCCGGUGGCUGGCUAGCCGGAGGAGGACAUAGCAUGUUGUCGCCAGAAUUGGGACUCGGCGUCGACAACGUGCAGCAGAUCAAGGCCGUUCUUCCAAAUGGAGAGUACGUCACUGCGAACAGGUGUCAGAACCAGGAUAUUUUCUUCGCCCUACGCGGUGGUGGAGGCGGUACUUUCGGUGUCGUGACGGAAAUCAGUUACUCCGUGCACCCCAGGAAGGACAUGCAGUUUGCACGGAUUGCCAUUGCCGGUGAUAAUGACGAUGUCGUUGCUGAGCUUAUCUCGAUUUUAGUAGAAAACGCCGACAAAUGGGCAUCCGAAGGCUGGGGAGGGUACGUUGUGAUGCCCGUGGGCGCAACAUCGACAAUAUCUUUAGGCACAUCAUUACUGAACUUCUCCGAUGCCGAGGCCUCGUUGCAGCCUUUGAUCGAUCUUGCCAACAGAGAAACCGAUGCAGGAAGAGUGGGCAACGCGAGUAUCGCGACUGCGGAUUACCAUGACAUCCUUCAAGGUACCAUUGCCGCUACGGAAGAUCAGAUACUACCCAGCUCGGCCUGGACCAUGGCUACUCGGCUCAUUCCCAGAGAGCAUUUCGUCGGCGACAACCAGCAGCAGCUCUCAUCAGCUUUGCACGACAUUUUCACAGCAGCGAAGGGGCAACUAUUGCCCGCACAAUCAACGCUAAUGAUAUAUGCGACAACGCCAUAUCUCUACUCUCAGACGAUGCCGGAAGCCGACAAGGCUGGCGGCCCAGGGGCAUCCUCGGUAUCGCCGGCCUGGCGUAACGGCCUGUGGCAUGUUCUCUUCACACGGCAGUUCGACGGCACAACUACCGAGCCCAGCGUAGUCCAGAAUCUCUGGCAGACGACACAUGAUAUCAUUUAUCCGCUGCGGGAUCUCACUCCCAACGGCGGUGCAUACCAGAAUGAGGCCGAUCCUUUCGAGCCCAACCCCAUUGAUUCAUUCUGGGGACAGGAGAACUAUGACAGGUUGCUUCAGAUCAAAAAUGACGUCGACCCUUUGAACCUGCUCACAGUUCACAACGGAGUCGGGUGGGAUGAAACGGAUGAAAGAUACAGUUGCUAUCCAGACGUUCAAGUAUAA